AUGGCAGAGGCAAAAGGCACCCAAGGCUUCUAUGAAGAGUUGAAGACGCUCUUCCAACAGGCAGAUAAAUCUGGGGAGGGAAAACUCGCGCUGCCCGAGUUCAAAACCGCCGUCAAGGGAAGCAACAGCGGCAGCCGCUUGACCGAUGACCAGCUGGAGAGCAUGUUCGCCUUCUAUGAUGAGGGCAAGACUGGGUUUGUUUCUUUUGACGAUGUGUGGAAGAAGAUGAACAGCAUGAUGAAAUAG